CGACGUUUCGCUCCUUCGUGCUGAUAGCUUCUUCAGAGGGAUGUAUACUGUAUUAUUAGUCGUGUGUAAUCAGCGUGUAUGGCUCAGCCACCACCGCGACAGCCCACACAGCGGCGGUCACCCCGAGUCCUGACUGCGAGUCUCCGCACCGUGCCCCCUGGUGACACGAGGUGACAUGUCGUGUCACCUCGUGUCACCGGUGACACGAGGUGACACCUGGAGUCGACCACCCCCCCGGUAACACGAGGUGACAACUCGAGUGGACCGUGCCCCCGGUGACACGAGGCGACAUCUCGAGUGGACAGCGAUGUGACAGGGUUCCAUCCCCUUACCCCUCUCUCUCUACCGCUCUCUCUAACUCUCUCCCUACAAACCUAGCACCGGAACCGUCACCCCUGCGCCUAACCCAUAACGUCCUCUCUACCCCUUACGCUAACCUUCAUUCUAAACCCCGCGUUCCCAUCAAAUCCACUGCUGCCAUUCACCCAUCCCGUGGCCCCACCUUGCCCUGAUGCACCCAACGUGAGCUGCGGCGCGAGUUUGACACAGCGUGGGCACAAUGGGGCAUCUAAACCUGUGGAUGAAUCCCAGGCAGACACGAGUCACUGUGUCGGUGUUUUCUCCCAUGGCUCUCGACAAGUGAAAUGCAGCAGCAGCUUUCGACUUUUCAAGUGUCUGUUUCCAACAACGGUUGUGUUUUUACGAUGCGCAGAUUUACACUGAUAUAUAUUUUUAAGCAUGCAGGUAUAGCGACCCGAGCCAGCUUGUGCUGUAAAGCAAAACUUCGUUUAACGUGCACCUUCUGCGCAUUUGUCGAGCGUGAACUCCACGUUCCUGCACCCAUCGGCGUGUCGCUUGGCUCGAGACGACAGCAACAGCGCAGCAGCGCAGCUGUUGGCUCUUCGUGACGGCAGUCUGCCGUCUUCGCAGGAUGUCCGACUCCGACGCGGAGAGAGAGGAAGACAGAGAUGAGGACGUGGUCGGAGACGAGGAGGAGGAGGAGGAUUUCGUGAGCGAUGAAGGCAAGGAGGGGGAGCAAGGGGAUGAGGAAGAGCACCAAGAAGAAGAUGUGGAGCCAAAGGAGGUUGUUCCCGAUAACCCGUUGGCACUUUCGGACAUCCAAGAGUGCAUCUCGCUCCUCUGCAAGACCGGCGACGGAUUGGCGCUCGCGUACGUGCGUCUGCUUGCCGCAGCACGGUCCCUGACGAACAUCUCAAUUCUCAGCGGAUAUCCGCACCUAAGAUAUAUCGACGUUUCCUCCAACAGAAUUGCUGAUCUGUCUCCACUGUCAAACAUGUCCUACCUUGUGUCGCUGAAAGCCGACGGCAACGUCGUGGAGACGACGGAGCACCCUGCGCCGCUGGCCCACCUGCAGGUGCUGAGCCUGGCCCACAACCGCGUGGCGAGCGCCGGCACGGGGCUGCAGCACGCGCAGCUCCAGGCCCUCAACCUCACCGGUAACGCGCUGGUGCGGGUGGAAGGCUUGGGGAGCGCGUGUCGCCUGGUUUGGCUGCACACGCUCGAGCUCCGUGGCAACAAGCUCUCCUCCACUGCUGGGCUGGAGCAGCUCACCAGUCUUCAGCAGCUUUACAUGGCCGCUAAUCAAAUAACUCGGCUCGAAGGACUCUCCUCGCUGCACAAGUUGACCACGCUGCACCUCCGGGACAACCGCGUCAGCUCGCUCGGCGGUUUCAGCAGCAGCAUGGCUGCGCUGCAGUACCUCAAUCUGCGGGGAAACAAAGUGGAGGACGUGAAAGAAGUGCUGAACCUGCGAUGCCUGCCUCUGCUGAGGGUGCUCGUUUUGUCCGAAAAUCGAUGCUCCGACGGAUUUGGUAACGGCGAGGGGGAGGAGGAGGCAGCGGCAGAGGAGGAGGACGAUGAGGCCGGCGGAAUGUACCGCGCGUUCGUGCUGACCACGCUGCCCCGCUUGGAGCGGCUUGACAAGCAGCUCAUCACCGCAGAGGAGAGGGCAAGCGCCGCACAGGAAGGAGUCGAUGCCUGACCAAAGGAUGUAAGCAGUUGCCGGCCGUUCGCAUUUAUAUUUACUCGGCGGCAAUCCUCGCCCCCUGCUGGCAGGCUAAUGCCCCGGUGUCAUUCUUGCAAACGAGACUCGUCCUGGUCUCUUGAGUUGUCACCUGAUUUAAAAAAAAACUCACCUACAUCUAGAGAUAAAACUCAUUUCUUGAGAAAUGCGUUUCGCGUGUUGAGUUUGUUGCCCUUCCCCCGCUACGUACGGCGCGAAAUAAGUUCAACAUGCGUACAUACGUACCUGGUUAAACUAAAUAAAGUUGACACUUGAAAUAUAUCGGGCACGGUACAAACUCCACUGAAUGCACACACAACUUGAAGGAUGGCUGCGCUGUGCAACUAGGCUGCUGGGGCGGUGGUGGUGGUGGUGGUGGUGGUUGUCUCCCAAUCGAUUGAAAUGCACGCAGGGGUUCCAAAGAUUGCCGCGAAGUUGUGAUUGCUUUAUGUAUGCUGUGCUCACAACAGGAACCAAACGAACGAAUGUGCCGGAGUUGGUUUUGAAUAAAAGGGCAAGGGAAAAUGUUUA